AUGAUGCAAAGAAGAAGUUCCACUAUGAAAAGGUCGAAUUCUACAUCGUCCAUAGAAUUCCCAACUUUGGCUCAGGCGGCAGGUGCCAAGCAAGAGAUAAGUCAUUACAGCCACUCCAAACACCCCUUAACCGAAAUAAUUACGCCCGAAAUAUUCAGGUGCAGUGGUUGCAGGGAGUAUGGGGCCGGCAAGAGGUUUUCCUGCCGCCACUGUGACUUUCAGCUACACGUCUUUUGUGCCUUGUCGCCUCCCGUCUUCAACGACCAUCCUCUGCACGCACAACAUCAGCUCGUUUUCCAUUCGAAACCCAGAUCAGGUCUACUUCCUCAAACUCCAUCAAACUAA